AUGCCCAAGCAUAAGAAACGCCGCCGUAGCAGGAGCAAUAGUGGUGAUAGAAGUCGGGAGAAACGUCUGAAAAGGCAAUUAGCUGCGAUGGAGCGGCGAUUGAGUGAAAUUGAGCGAUCUCGUUCACGAGGAUCUUCCCGGCCGCCAUCUUCCAUUCGAUCAGCGUUGACGCUGUCGCCGCCGCGGCAACCACCCGUCCCAGGCACAGACGCAUGCAGCAUUGCCAGCUCUUCCGAACUUUCGGAGAUCUUCGAAAACAUUCCAGUAAACAUCGAAGAACACAGUAAGGAGAAUACGCCGCCUCAAGGGGAACAACUAGAGGAAGAUAUCCUCAACAUCUUGGGGAAAAAUACAAUAAAGCAGCCAGAUGUAGGACCGGCUAUCCACAACGAUCUGGCAGUUCGCUGGGCUCAUAACAUACAGAUGGGUUUGGAAGAGGAAGAGAAGAACAGAUUAUUAGAAAAAUACCUCCCCCCUGAAAAUUGUACUCAGGUAAAAGCUCCAACACUUAACUUGGAGGUCAAAGCUGCAAUCUCCAGCUCUGUGCAGAAGAGAGAUGAGAGACUCUCUGCUUUACAGCGCCAAAUAGGCGCUAGCCUGUCCUGUAUAGGCAGCGCUCUGACCCUCAUCCUCAAAGAAGAGGGAGGGGGCAACAGAACGUACAUCCAAUUGCUGAAUGAUGCCAGCAAACUAUUGACUGACCUGCAUCGCACAGAAAGCAUCGCUCGUCGCGAACUAGUAGCCCUUAACCUGAACUCUGACGUAAAACAGAUCCUAUCGGAAGCCACAGUUGAUGGGCUGCUCUUUGGGACAGACUUAGAAGCCAGACUAAAAUCUUCCAAAGACCUGGAGAAAUCGGGCAGAGAGCUGAAGGCCGUUAAGGCUAAGCCACUACAGAAUGCUGCCAAGCCGUUAAACUACCAGAGUCUGCCUCGGUAUCAGCAGGGGGCACGUCGAGGCGGACAUCAACACCAGCGCCCCAGUUACUCCACGAACCGCUACAAACCACGUCGAGAGCCACCACGUCGACUGAACCAGGGGAGUCAGAACAGCUACAAACUCAAAACCAGGAACCCAAGACAGUAG